CCACAGCUCCGGUCACCAUUCGAGUCACCACUCCAACUACCAACAGUCCAGCAUCUUCUUCAACAACCACCACAGCCACCACGGCGGCGGCAGUCACCGCAACAGCCAGUACGCCUCUAUGGCGCUGUUCGCCAAUACCAGUGAUCUGAUGGACAGCAAGCAUAACGUGGACGAGACGCUAGACGCUAAAGAAAUCAUUCAGCGGUUAAAACGGGGAGGUAACUCUCCGUUUCGACCUUUGAUCCCUGAUUACAUCGACAAAAAAACGAAAAACGUCAUCAAAGAGUGCUGGAAGGAGACACCGGAAGAGAGGCCGUCCAUGGAUCACGUGUCUUCCCUUGUCCGUAAAAUCAGCCAACAAUUUAGCGGGAAGAACAAGAGCCUGAUGGAGCAGAUGCUGGACAAAGUGACCAGAGAAGCGGACAUGCAGGCCCAGGAACUACAGGAAGAGAAGAACAAGUCAGACCUUCUGCUGUACCAGAUGUUGCCGCCUACAGUGGCUGAUUGCCUUAAGAGACAGAUCGAGGUCAAGCCGGAGACCUUUGAGUCUGCGACCGUCUACUUCAGUGACAUCCAGGGCUUCACAGAACUCUCAAGUGUCAGUGACCCCAUAGAGAUCGUUAACUUUUUAAAUGACGUUUAUUACAAGUUUGACAACAUUUUGGAUAAAUAUAAUGUAUACAAG